AGAUCGCUUCUAUUGGUACUAUGCCUGGCUGUGCUUCUGAUGAGCGAGCAUGCGGAAGGAGCGAGGAAGAGGUUUCGCAGACCAACGACGGCCAAGCCGCUGGUAUCGAAUAACGAUCAAGAGGUAUCCGCCAGCGUCAAUCGUUUUAAGGUGACGCGAAACCGCAUCAGCAACAAAAACACAAAAAAUGAGCUGCAGCCCGGCAAAUCGUCCUCCGACAACAAUUACAAGAUCGUGUGCUACUACACCAACUGGUCGCAGUACCGGACGAAGAUCGGCAAGUUCACGCCCGAGGACAUACAGCCGGACCUCUGCACUCAUGUCAUUUUCGCCUUCGGUUGGCUCAAGAAGAACAAAUUGACGAGCUUCGAGUCCAACGACGAGACCAAGGAUGGAAAAGUCGGUUUGUACGAGAGAAUCAUCGGAUUGAAGAAGGCCAAUCCAUCGUUGAAGGUCCUCUUGGCUAUAGGUGGAUGGUCGUUCGGCACGCAGAAAUUCAAAGAAAUGACUGCGACCAGAUACGCGCGUCAGACUUUCAUCUACAGCGCUAUACCGUAUCUGCGUGAACGAGGCUUCGAUGGAUUGGACAUCGAUUGGGAAUACCCCAAAGGAAGCGAUGACAAGAAAAACUACGUUCUACUGCUCAAAGAGCUCCGUGAAGCCUUCGAGGCCGAAGCUCAAGAGUACAAAAAGCCAACACUUUUGCUCACUGCUGCCGUGCCAGUGGGGCCCGACAACGUGAAAAGUGGAUACGACGUGCCGGCAGUUGCCAGCUAUUUGGACUUUAUCAACUUGAUGGCUUACGAUUUCCACGGCAAGUGGGAACGCGAGACCGGACACAACGCACCCCUCUACGCCUCGUCUCUGGACUCGGAGUGGCAGAAGCAGUUGAGCGUCGAUUACGCGGCUGCUCUCUGGGUAAAGCUCGGCGCCCCCAAAGAGAAGAUGGUGAUCGGCAUGCCGACCUACGGGCGCUCCUUCACCUUGUCCAACCCGUCGGCCUACAAAGUCCACUCGCCCGCCAGCGGAGGCGGUAAAGCCGGCGAGUACACCAAGGAGUCGGGCUUUUUGGCCUACUACGAGAUCUGCGAGAUGCUGCUGAACGGAGCCGCCUACGUCUGGGACGACGAGAUGAAAGUGCCGUACCUCGUUCAUCACGAUCAAUGGGUCGGCUUCGACGACGAGAGAUCCAUCAGGAAUAAGAUGCAUUGGAUCAAGGAGAACAGAUACGGAGGUGCCAUGGUCUGGUCCGUCGACAUGGACGACUUCAACGGGACCGUCUGCGGCGGCGGCACCAAGUACCCCCUGAUCAGCGCCAUGCGCGAGGAGCUGCGAGGCGUUUCGCGCGCCAGCAACAGCAAAGACGUCGACUGGAGCGCCAUCGCCACCACCAUAACCGAGGUCGUGGUGAAGAAACCCGAGGCAUACAAAAUCCCCGUCACCGAAGUCCUCAGCAAGGCCAAAAAGUCCGUCGCCAGCCACAAGAAUCAGCUCGUCUUCAACACGCCCAAUAACAAAAAGCGAGAGGCCCAGACCAUCUGCUAUCUGACCAACUGGUCGCACAAGAGACCGGGCGCCGGCCGAUUCACUCCCGAGGACAUCGACUCUUCCCUCUGCACCCACAUCAUCUACGCUUUUGCCACGCUGAAAAAUCAUCUGCUGUCCGAGAGCAACGACAAGGACGCCGAGAUGUACGAGAGACUCAUUGCUCUGCGCGAAAAGAAUCCCGACGUCAAGAUUCUCCUGGCCAUCGGUGGAUGGGCUUUCGGCUCGACGCCUUUCAAAGAAUUGACCAGCAAUACCUUCCGCAUGAACCAAUUCGUUUACGAAGCCAUCGACUUCCUUCGUGAAUACAAAUUCGACGGCCUCGACGUUGAUUGGGAGUACCCAAGAGGAGCCGAUGACCGAAACUCUUACGUCAAUCUUCUGAAAGAAUUGCGAGUUGCUUUUGAAGGCGAAGCCAAGAGUACAAAUCUGCCAAAACUCAUCCUUUCUGCUGCAGUUCCAGCUAGCUUUGAAGCAAUAGCUGCAGGAUACGAUGUGCCAGAAAUUUCGAAAUACUUGGACUUUAUAAACAUUAUGGCCUACGAUUUCCAUGGCCAAUGGGAAAGACAGGUGGGACACAACAGUCCACUUUAUCCACUAGAAAGUGCAUCCAGCUAUCAAAAGAAACUGACUGUGGAUUACAGCGCUCGCGAGUGGGUUAAACAAGGAGCACCUAAAGAAAAGCUUAUGAUCGGAAUGCCAACGUACGGAAGAUCAUUCACUCUGGUUGAUCAAGCCAAAUUUGACAUUGGAGCCCCAGCUUCAGGCGGUGGUGUGGCUGGAAACUUCACCAGCGAACCCGGUUUUCUUUCCUACUAUGAGGUUUGUACAUUCCUCAACGAAGAUAACACAACGUUAGUCUGGGAUAGCGAGCAACAAGUUCCAUUUGCUUACCGCGACGAUCAAUGGGUUGGCUUUGACGACGAGAGAAGUCUUAUUAAUAAGAUGAAAUGGCUGAAAGAAGAAGGUUUUGGAGGUAUCAUGAUCUGGUCAGUUGAUAUGGACGAUUUCCGAGGCUCUUGCGGUGCUGGCAAGUUCCCUCUCAUUACGGCUAUGAAGAAAGAACUGGAAGGUUACUCGGUUGAUCUCGAGUACGAAGGACCCUACGAAAGCAACGUUCGCAGUGGCAAAUACACCACUAAAGAUCCGAACGAGGUGUCGUGCGACGAGUCAGAAAAUGUCAUAACGUACCACGCGGACAAGCAAGACUGCACGCACUACUACAUGUGCGAAGGCGAGCGCAAGCAUCACAUGCCCUGCCCGGUCAAUCUGGUCUUCAACCCCAACCAGAACGUCUGCGACUGGCCCGAGAACGUCGAGGGCUGCCUCCAUCACACGCAGGCCCCGCCGGUCUGAGAGAGUCGCGACGAA